AUGUUUAAAAAUAUUUUAACAAAUUCAUUAUCCAAGCAGAUAUUAAGAACUAAUCAUUCAAGGAUAAUAUCAACCAACCAAAUUUCUUUCAUAUAUAGAUCAUUCUCAAUAUAUCAACCUGUAUGGCAUGGUCAUUUAAAGACUCCCAAGCCAGGUGAAGAAUUAAAAGUUACAUUUAUUGAAAAAGAUGGUAAUCAAAAGACAUUCGAUGUAGCUGAAGGUGAAACGUUAUUAGAUAUUGCACAAGGUCAUAAUCUUGAUAUGGAAGGUGCUUGUGGCGGUUCAUGUGCUUGUUCUACAUGUCACGUAAUAGUGGAUCCUGAUUAUUAUGACGCUAUUCCUGAGCCGGAAGAUGAUGAAAAUGAUAUGUUAGAUUUAGCUUACGGUUUAACAGAAACAAGUAGAUUAGGCUGCCAAGUUAAAAUGAAGAAAGAUAUCGAUGGAAUUAGAGUAGCUUUACCACAAAUGACAAGAAAUGUAAGUUCUAAUGAUUUGAAAUAG